AAACCUCCACAGCAUCUUGCAUUCAAAUCCCGUAAUAAAAGUUCGCUCGAAAUAACUUGGAAAGCUCUCGAUAAACGUUUCUGGAAUGGUCGAUUAACAGGAUAUCAAAUUUGUCAUUCUGCCGAAGAAAAUGACAAACGUCCGGAAUGUUCUGACGUGAAUAUUUCGUCAGACUUGUCGUUUGUUAUUUCGAAUCUUCAACCUUCAACGAAGUACUUUGUUACUGUAUCCGCUGGCACAAAAGUUGGUUUUGGAAACAAAAGCUCUGAAUUAAAUAAAAUAACAAACGGAGAGCCUGUGAAUCUCACCGCGAAGUCUUACUCAAGCCUACAGUUUAAUUUAUCGAGACCAGCUUCAUACAUAAAAAGCGUCAUGGUUAUCGUGCAGUCUGCAACGAGCAGCCCAACUCCAAGCGAGAAUAUCAAUACAAGUAAACUCGAAGCUCAGGCAGACACAGAAGAUUCUUAUAUUACUGCUCAUUUAAAAGCUGAAGAUCUGCCUUUGACGUUCGUGAUCGGUGAUGGCAAGGAGUAUAAAUAUGGAAAUAAAACAUUCAUAAACCAUGUUUUACAACAGAACUCAAGCUACAUCAUGUUUUUGAAGUUCAUUGAAAACCAGAACUCUUUCUACACAACAGAAUGGAGCAGAAAUGUUUGGACUAUGGUAAAACCACCAGCUCCUAAUAUAUCAAAGAUAGAAUCUACUGGCCUUAAAGAAUAUAAUAUUUCUUGGUCUCAACCGAGUUUACCUGGCGUUCAGACUGUCUUGCAGUAUAAAGCAUAUUACGGGGUGUUGAAUGCGUCAAGAAAUGAAACAACUUCAAAAGAGACGUUUGUCACCAUUCAUGUGUCUGAAUAUGAUAAGCAGUAUACGUUUGAAGUGCAAGUUAAGACACAGGCUGGACAAAGUGAUCUGGCGAAGAAAUCAUGGUUGACCCAUUCAAAGCCACCAAAUCCUCCGAUGAGAAUGGAAGACUUCUUUAUCUUAAUACUCAAAAAGCCAGAUAGCAACCAAAAUAUAAAGAAUGUCUCAUUGGUAGUAUAUCGAGGAAGUAAUAAUCCUCCUCCACUGGAAAAUCUGAACGUGGAAGAGAAAACUCCUGCAGACGCAAAGAAAAAUGCAGUCUUCGUUUUACGGGUUUUCGACAUAGCUGAGUUUAAGAAUGGUAAAAUUGAGGUAAAUCUUAAAAUGAAAAAGACCUCUGCGAGGAAGAAAAGAAGUCCUGUUGAAGUUGUAAUGCCUGGCUCAGAGGAUGCGACGUUCAGAAUUGCACAACGAAAUACGGAUAGGUCCGGGGUUAAAUAUGUUACGCAGUAUUGUACGUUGCAAGCAGUGGAUUACACUGCAGUCAACCUGGAUACCGUAUUGAAUACUGGUCUUGUUCAGCAAGUCUUGGUUCGUUUGCACAAGUGGACCGUAUUUGAUUUUGGAAAGUUGAAAUACGAUUUACUUACAAUCAAGUAUUUGACUUUUCGUUUAGAACGUUUACUGGUCAUACUGGACUGA